AUUUUGGUGCAAAAGUCUUGCAUCGUUUGCGCCGUUUGGCAUACGCCAUUUUCCUGCGGACAUGUGUGGCUUCGUGCAGGAACAGAUAGAGGGCGUUAGUUUAGUAAUGGUUCCAGCCAUACAGUUGGAGUGAAACCGACAACACAACAGCGUCCAACAAUGAAAUAUUUUCCUACCUGUCCUGCAUUGUUGUAACAUUUACCUGAAGUUGCUUUUCAAAGAGAGUUUGAUGAAGUAAUUCUUUCUGGAAACUAUGCCUCGAGUUAAAAAAAAAUCAGUCGAAUAUGGAAAUCGUAAAAGAAGGAAACUAGCAGCGACAAAGCGCAGUACUCUGUAUUGUUCAUCGCCGGUAGGUGAGCGACAGUUUGUGCAGAUGCAGUCGAUGGAGAAUCACCUUCAGUUAACAGCAACACCUACACCAUCACCACCACCACCACCACCAUCAGUACCACCAGUACAGCCAUCACAACUUCAACCACCACAACCAACACCACAGCAAACACCACCACCAACAACAACAACAGCAACAAUAACAAAAGCCUGUUCUUCACCCGUGUUGUUGCCCAAGUCUUGUCCAGUUGAGGUUCAGACAGAAGAGAAAUGUUUAGACACAUUAAAAAUGGAAGAUUCAAAGACAGAAUUGAAAAAUUCUACUUUCCCAGAAGCUCUCAAAGACGAGUCACUGAGUGAUGCGCAGAGAUCUGAGUUACGUCGUAAAUAUUUCUCAGAUUUGCUCUCCAGGUGUAUUAUUACUGCUGAUAAAGCUGUUGCUGCUGUGAUGGCUGUCAGGUGUGAUUCUGCGGCUAAGAAACCCUCAGCUGUUCGCAAACCAAGAGUUCCAAGGAAACCAAAAGUUGAGAAAGCAAACAAACAGAAAGUUUAUGCAGCAGUUUCAAAACUGCCGAAUUCUGAUACCGAGGUUUCAAAGGCGCCACCAGCACCAAACCAAACUGCAACCAGCAAAGUGACAACAGCUAACUCUAAAGCUACUGGCAGUACCCCUCCGGCUAGCAAUACCCAGAAAGCUUAUGCUCUUUAUGUUGGGGGCCAGUUGAAGUACAUUCUUCCAUACAAUGGUCUUUUAGCAGCCACCAAUCCCAAUCAACCUGAAGGUGAGAUGAAAAAGUUGAUUUGUCGAGGAGUGAAUGGCAAAACAGAAAUAGCUUUGGCAAAACCGACAAUUGUGUGUGAUAACGAAAAGAAAAAAAUUGUGUUUGUUGUGCAGAAAAAGUCUCCUGACUCACCAAGUCAAAUUGUCUCGACAAAAACAACAACUGAAAAUAAAGCCUCAACAAAAUCUUCGAAUCUUCUAACAUAUGGUUCUUUUCUAAACCAUGGCAUCUCGGACAACAUGCUGAAACUGUUAUUGCCAAGUUUUGUUCCUUCUGAAGUAUCCACAACAGCAACUACGACUCCAACUCCAACAAAAUCAACCACCACAACAACACUUCCAGCUACCACUGUUGGUUCCAAGGUAACAUCGGCCAAAAGUCAGUCUGAUGUGAAUAGUUCCCAAAUUGAACCAGCUUCAACAGACAGACCAAAGGAUGUGUCUGUAGCCACUUAUGUUAAUUCUACAGGGAAUAAUCAGAAUGUGGGUACUUCUGGUGCUGCACUGACCACGACUACGACAUCUACUAAAACACUGACCACUGCAGUAGUAACAUCAACAACACCAGCAACACUGACAACAGCAGCAACACCGACAACAGCAACAACACCAGCAACAACAACAACAACACCAGCAACAGUAACAACACCAGCAACAACAACAACAACAACAGCAGAUGAAACAACAGAGGAUUCUGGUUCAAUCCACCCUGUGAAACUGUUUUCACGAGAUUCUGCCAGAAAACUUUGUCCUCCAACUUCUUCCUCUGUAUCAUCGGUUCCUGUUCCAACUAUUUUGGAUGCCAGUGAAGUACAGAAUAGUUCUGGCAAAUCUCUGUUGAGAUUUUCUUCUGUCUUGAAUGAAAACAAACAGAAAAUACAGUCCCACAGCAAACAAAGAAAUGAAGCAGCAGCAGCAGAGAGGACGAAUAUGGCACCAACAGAGAGUCAUUCUGAGAAUGUUGUUCACCAGGACAAAACGGAGAAUAGUGGGAAAGCUAUCAGUAAUAGUGACACAAAUUGUGCUAAAAAUCUGUCACAGCAAUCUGAAUCUGUAAUGGAAGACUGCCAUUCUGAUAGUAAAGAAGUAUCGCAAGAUAAUGCUGACGAUGGUGAUGAUGAUGGCAUGUUUGGAUUGAAGAUAUCUUCUGUUUUCUCUUUAGCUGAAGAACAACUGCGAUCCAGUGAGGAUGAUGUUACAGCUUCGCAACUUGGAGAAAAUUCUGAAUUUGUUAAACCUUCUUCAGAUUCCAGUUUCUUCCAUGUAGAACAACCUCAAAUAGAUGGCUUUGCUGAAAAUGACAACCUCCCAAAUGAAUCUAAAUUCCAAAGAGUUUUAAUCAAUUCUCCGCAGUCAACGAGUUCCUUGUCAAGUCCACGGACCGUUGUCGUCAGCAUGAACAACGAGGCGUUCACCUCUCCUGUGCAGCUGACAAAUUCAAACGAGGAGGUCAGUGUGGACAUCAGCAUAGAUUCAACCAAUCACCGGAAACACAUGAGUGCUGAUCAUGAGAAAACAACAAAAUUACCACCAAAUGCUGAACAAGAUUUGGAUAACUUCAACAUGACCGAUUCUCAGCUGAACAAUUCACAGAAAGAAAAUGCUUCACCAAAGAAUUCUAGCUGUUCUGAUAAAACUGAACAGGAUCCUAAGUACAUUUCUGUUGACAUACGACGGCGUAAUGGUCAGACAAAGGUAACAGCCGUCACUAAUCCUAAUCUGAAGAAAGAAUCUGCUAAAUCUAUUGCAAGCACAUUGGAAAGUGUGUCUUCAGUUACUUCUUUAGGCUCUGCCAUACCUCAAGGAAAUAGUUCCACUCGUCUUGCAGAUGAACUGCAGUGUGCUGCCCAUUCUCUACCUAUGGGCAAAUAUGUUUUCAUUCCAUUGUCUGAUAAAACGGUGGCUAUUCCUUCACAAGGUGGCAAAACCAGCAGAUCUGCCUAUAUUUUUGAAAAGAGUUUCAACCAGAAUUCUAUGCAAGUUAAAAUGCCAAAAUCUUUUGUAAAUACUAAGGACUGUCCACCUCCAACUGUCGUAUCAAAUACUAAUAAUGGAUCCCAAAUAAUUUUCCAAACCAACAACGCUUCUAAGUCUUUGAAUGAUGUGAUUAUUACUCCAUCUGCAGAUCCACUUCCAAGCUCUACAAAAGAAACUGUACCAACUCUGGAAGCCCCACCUAUAAUUACUGGUAAAAGAAUACGUAGACCAAAAAAACAUACUGGUUUUGAAGAAGAUAUUGAUUUCAUUCCUCCAGUUAGGAAAUAUCGGAAGAAAUCCAAAUCUGUUCUGAAAGAGAAAAAAAGUGGAAUGGUUGCCAGUGAUAAUCCGAAGAAGACGAAAAGCCAUGUUCCAACUCCCGAGAAUAACAAUUGUCUGUAUUAUAUGAAGGAAGGGAGUAAUAAAAUCCAGCUUUUUGAUUCUAAAUCGGAAUUAGCUACUGUAUUGCGAGCGACUGGUACAGCUCUUGAAAUUUCCAAAGUCGAUCCAGUAAAUGGCCAUCGCUUGUUACCAUCUUGCUCAACAGGUGUUGUACCAAGUGUAACUAUGGUAACGCCGAAAGUGGCACCUUCUGUUGGCAGUAUAGUUGAUCCAUCAUAUCAGAGUUGUAAUUCUUCAGGUCUGCGAAUUGAUAAUGUUCUUUCUCUGCAACCUAAUACCGUUCAUAUCAAAUCUGAACCCAUAACUUCUGGUUAUGGCGAUGAACUAGUGAAAAGUCCUCAUCAUGUAUCCCUCCUUCCAUUAAACCCUCUCAUUACUUUACCUCCUACUAGUGUACCAGAUUCCUUAAAUCUUGUUCAGAAUAUCAAAAAGGAACCGGUAAAAUAUGGUUACGAAGGGGACAUCAAUCCUGAUUCGUCUGUCUCGUUAUUAGCUCCCAUCAACCAACAUUCUUCCCUGUCAUCAAUCAAAGAAGAAAAACUUGGGCCUUGUCCAGAGAAUGUUGCUUGUAAAAACUUAGCCUCCACACAAAAGGACGUUGGUCAUUUAAGGGAUUCUUCUAAAUUAUACAAGAUGGACAAGUUUACCUUGUCAGGGUCUGGUAAGAAAUUGAACUGUAAAAAGAAAGCAGUUGGCAAAAAGGCAGCUGUCAAGAUAACAGGUUUUCCUUUAGAAACUCAAACAUCAUCAUCAUCGUCUGUGACUGACGACCUUUCAUACAGCACUCCAUCUCCUUCCAACCUUUCUCCUCUGCUCCCUGCCUCCCCCUCCACCUCCUCAUCUUCUUGUUAUUCUUCACAUGUCAGCUCUUCAAAACACAACAGUCUAGAACUUCCAAGUGCCUCCACGUCAUCGGUGACUCUCUCUUCCUCUCUGUCUGGGGAGACACCUCAGGAGGAACGGAUUCGCCGCUUGAGGGAGAUUCUGCGGGAGAAAGAACACAGCCUUGAGUUGAUUCGACAGAAUCUUGCUGUAUCAUCUACUCUUUAACUACAGGCAACAGCGUCGUCGUCGUUGUUACUAUUACUACUAAUACUACUACUACUACUACUGCUACUAUUACUACAAUCAUACACCAUUCCUGCUUCAGAACAAUCUUUCGUCUCUCAUCACAUCCAUCAUGUGUCAACAUUCAUCAUUCAAUUGUUACUGUAUAUAUAAAACCUCAUUGGUUCCAUACCAUUUUCUCAUUGUUCUCAACACUAGCCUGACAUUCAGUUUCUGUGAUUCUAUCUUGAAGCUUCUAUUUGAGACAGAAACACACACACACACACUCUCAUGCACGCACACACAAAUCCAAGCAAACAAACAGAACUGUGUUUCCUGCUCAAAUAAUUUGCAAUAAUGGUAUGUGUAUGGUUUGAAUUGAUAGCAAGAAAGGGACAUUUUGCUCAUAUGUAGUGACUUACUCUGUGUGUGUGUGUGUGUGUGUGAUGUUUCCCUGGGUAUAAUGCAUCCUCAUUAAGAUUCCAUAGAAGAAAAAAAAAAGAAACCCAACCAACCAAGCAAUCAGCCUGUGUGUUAAUGGAUCAAUGUCAUUUUAAAUUUAUGUCUGGGUCCUCUAAAGUCAAUAUUAACCGACCAUUUAUAAAUAUUGAUUUUGUUUCACUGUCUUUUCAUAUCAGAUCUUGCAUUACAGUUUCACUCUUGCAUUAUACACUGUGAAAUGUGUGUGUGUAUUUACACACACACACAUAUACUGGAUUCCAGUUAAUUGGCAAACCUAGAGACAAUAACCCCUUGGCCUAAUCCACUCCAGCUAUGCCCAACAUCCAAGGGUUUAGAACAACCAAGUAGCAUUUUUAUAGCUGCUUUCCUCCCCUAAAGCAGAGUUGGCUUUGCUGGGUCCUGGGUCCUAUGCCGAUCUGAUUAUGUUCUUGUCAUGGUUCCCUUUUUGAUGCUGUUUUAUGGCCAGAAGCCCCUCUUGUCAUCAACCUUUUUAUUCACUUCUUAUAGCAAGCAGGAAUAUAUAGUGUAACUUGUAAAAAAAAUCCGAGUAAACACAAUUACUCUGGUUGUAAAUUGCUGAAGCUUGGCCAUUGCCUGCAUCAUUUGGUAGCAGUUCUCCCUGAUAUUCUCUGGGUGGGGGGGUCUAUUGAUAGCAUCUAUCAGAAAUAAGAGACAGAGCAACUAUUUUUCACUCUGAUAUGAAUAGAUAUUCACAACCCAAAUGCAAACUCGGUACUGAUUCUUGUUGUGACGUUCUAUAGUCUACUUACUGCUGCCUGUGUGCCAUAAAUGCCUGAAAUCUUCAAAGAUUUUAGUAAUUCUCUUCAUCUGGUAUAAAUAACAACAUAAUUAACUAAUGACCCAAUUAACCAGAAUCUGCAAAACGUGUGUGUGUGUGUGUGUGUGCAAACAAAAAUUCUCAUAAUUACAAUGUUUUGCAUAUGUCUGCAGUAUUUUCUGUAGUUAUUUGUUCACAUAUAUUUAUAUACAUGUAUAUAUCUAUAAAUACAUAUAUAGACAUGCGUGUGUGUGUGUGUGUGUGUGUGUGUUUAUAUAUAUAAGUGCAAGCGUAGCUGUGUGGUAAGAAGUUUGCUUCCCAAACAUGUGGUGUUUUUGUGUCUGUAUUUGUCCCCCACCACCGCUUGACAACCAGUGUUGGUAUGUUUACAUCCCCACAACUUAUCAGUUCUGCAAAAGAUACCAAUGAAAUAAGUACCAGGCUUAAAACGAAUUAAGGGCUGGAGUUGAUUCUUUCAACUAAAAUGCAUCAAGACGAUGCCCCAGCAUGGCCACACUCUAAUGACUGGAACAAGUAAAUGUAAAAAAGUAAAGUAUGUCUGUGUACAGGUGUGUGUGUGUGUGUAUUUGUUUGUUUUACAUCUGUAUUUCCAUGCUAGCAUGGGUUGGAUGAAUGUGUCAUCAAGGUAAUGUCUUACAGUCAUGCUUUCCCUGUCACUAACCCUUACCACCUGUUUUUGAAGUCAGGAAUCAGCGGAGCACUUGUUUGGCAGGGGAAACAAUGGCAACGAUGUCACCACUUUGACCUUGUUAGUAAUUUUGGGAGGAUAUGUAAACACCCACACACAUGUGGCUGUGCUCGUAUGUAUGUAUGUAAGUGUGUGUGUGUGUGUAUAUAUAUAUCACACAUGCAUGCACACCUCAUAGUCUUCUCUCAGUUUCAGUUUAUCAAAUGCAUCUUCAGUCAUUUCAUUGCUAUCAUAGAAGAUGCCCAACGUGCCAUGUGGUGGGACUGAACCAAAAGCCAUGUGGUUGUGAGGUGAACUCCUUAACCACACAGCCAUACUUGCACCUAUUCUAUAUAUGGAAACAAAACACUUGCACUUUGUUUGUGCAACUGAUGAUGUUAUUACUGGAUUUACUUUUAACUCAAAAAUUGAUAUAUCCACACACACACAGAGCAGACAGGUGUAUAUGAACCUUGGCAGUACCAUUUCAGUCUGUCUCCGUGAGCAGUGAGAUAUUGAAAUGACCGAAUGUGCUCAAAGGCUAAAUAGGUAGUCGGUGCUAUGAGUUUAUGUGAAUCAGACAAAUAAGAAGAAUGAAUUAGUAACAUGUUACUUUUUGCAGUCCUCCAUAUCCACCCUCAAUCAACCCUUUACUACAAUCGUAGGAAGGACAUUUCUAAGUCUUGACCAUUGUUGAUUUCUUUUAACAGAGACAGAAAGAAAGAAAAGAAUCCCCCCCACCACAUGACUAAAACUUUAAUCUAAUUGACUCCAACAUGAUGAAAGGCAAAGUUGACCUUGGUUGAAUUUGAACUAAGUGCAUAGAGAACUCGAAUGAUUACCACAAAGUAAUCUAAUGACUGUCAUCAUAUACCUGUGUGUGUGUGUUUAUAUGUGUUUGAGUGAUGUGUCUGUCUAUACACAGGUGUACAUGUAUAGAUUCAUAUAUGAAUAUAUACACAUACGUUGCCAUCAAUUCUUACCAAGCAAAGUAAUUCUUCUGCAUGGCUGGAUGUGUUUUCAUGCAAAAUUGGAAAUAAGGGACAUGUCAUAUUCAAGGGUUGGACGGUUUGACCAGGGCUGGUAAGUUGAGGGGCUGCACCAGACUCCAGCUGUAGAAACCAUGCUUAAUCAGACUGCAGUCUCGUGCAGCCCCUCAGCUUGCCAGCAUGGACAACGGAUGUUAAAUGAUGAUGAUGAUGAUGACACUUGUCUACAGCUGUCACACAGUAUCGAGGCAAAGAGGCACAAGCACAUGCACGCAUACACACACACAUGAUGGGCUUCUUACAUUUUUCAUCUGUCAGAUAUUGUCACCUAGAGCACUAUGCAAUGGAAUUGAACCCAAAACCCAGCAGUUAGGAAGCAAGCUUCUUAACUACACAGCCAUAUGUCUGUAUGUGUGUGUGUCUGUAUGUGUGUGUAGUAUUAUAUACAAGUGUUCUGUGUUUAUACAUGACCUAAUAAUUACGGACAGUACUGUGUACAGAUGCAGGUCUACCUUGUGAUUGCAUGGAAGAGUGUGUGUGUGUGUGUGUGUGAUUUUCUACAUUGAGACUACAUUGCUAUAUCAACUUUCCAUUAAAUGCAUUUAUGAAAUAAUAAAGGUCCCUCAAUCAUUCUCUUCUAUGUCCAUAUCCAGAAA